CUGGGACGGGCCGCAGCGGCGGGCCUGGCUCCGGCACUACUACAGCCAGCGGCAGAAACGGCUCAUGACGCUCCUGAUCGCUCACCGGAGGAGAACCAGCUGCUGCUUCUACCCCCGCGCCUGGCCCAGCCUCAGGAGCUCAGACUGGUGGGAGCGGGUGGUCCUGAAGGAGUUUGGGCCCCAGGACUGGCUGGAGAAGUUCCGGAUGUCCAAGGAGACCUUCUUCUACGUCUGCAACCAGCUGCGGCCCGGGCUGGCCCCGCACAGCGCCCACUUCCACCCCACCCUGCCCCUGGAGAAGAGGGUGGCCGUGGCCCUGUGGCACCUGGCCACCAACGUGGGGUACCAGACCCUGAGCCCGCUCUUCGGCGUGGGGCCCUCCACGGUGCAGAGCUGUGUGAGGGAGGUGAGCUACGCCGUGGUGCUGCUGCUGAAGCCGCUCUACCUGCGGCUGCCCAGCGAGAAGGAGCUGGAGAACAUGGUGCGGAUCUUCCGCACGCGCUGGGGCUUCCCCCACUGCAUUGGGGCGCUGGACAGCCUGCACAUCCCCAUCCACCCGCCCCUGCGCCUCGCCAGCGACUACUGCAACGGCCAGGGCUGGCACUCCAUCCUCACACAGGCCACCGUGGACGGGCUGGGGCAGUUCUGGGACGUGUCCACCGCCUUCCCGGGCAGCAUGGAGAACAGCGCGGUGCUGGAGAGCUCCAGCCUGUGGGUGCUGGCCAAGGAGGGCCGGCUGUGCCCCAACCCUCCCAAGCACUUCAUGGGGAAGGCGCAGAAGUACGUGCUGCUGGGCGAUGCCACCUACCCCCUGCAGGACUGGAUCCUCAAGCCCUACCAGGAGGACGAGAACCUCACGCAGCGCCAGCUGCAGUUCAACUACCGCCUGAGGCGGGCGCACAGCGUCAUCGAGAACGCCUUCCUGCGCCUCAAGGCGCGCUGGCAGAUCCUCCUCAAGUGUGACGACUGCAGCCUGGAGCUGCUGCCCACCCUGGUCCUGGCCUGCUGCAUCCUGCACAACGUCUGCGAGGCCCACGACAACCCCUUCAACGAGGAGUGGCUGGAGGGGGCCGAGCCCACCGAGCUGCCCAAGCCCUGCCAGCCUGCACCGGCUGCCAUGGAGGACAACGGGGCCGAGCAAGUGCGGGAGCUGAUGUGCCAGUACUUUGAGAGCUGCGGGGAGGGCUGAUGGGGCCACCCAGCACAUCCCUGCUCCAAGACUCUGGCAAACAUUGGCCCAGCGGUGCCAGGACUGCAGCUCGACCAGCUGCACCAUCCGGGCCUGGGGCGGGGAGGGGCGGCCGUGUCACGCUCGUGCCGGGUUUGCUGUGCGGGUUUCAGGCAGCGGAAUGUAUUUUGUGCCCUUGCUCUCUCUGCCA